AUGUCCUCAGGUGAUUCACCUUGGGGUUCGGAGUGGAUCUUGCUUGUCGGCAUAGUUAUUCUUGCUGUGUAUUGGCUACGCGGUCCGAAAGUUAUUUCUAAGCUUCCCGUUGCAACAGGAGGACAUUGGCUCGUCGGUCACCUUAAAAAUCUUAUGGGAGUCGAUGGACUUGAAUAUCAGGGACGGAUAUUCUCCAAAUAUGGUCCAACUGUGAUGCUCAAAGGGUUAAUGGGAAGCCCAGUCAUAUUCUCAAUUGAUCCAGCCGUCAUUCACUCUGUUCAAAGCAAGGAAAAAGACAAGUUUCACCGUCCCAACGGUCCCACAAUCAUGAUCCGGGCCGUUUUCGGAGGUGGAUUAUUUGCGCUUUCUGGCAACGAACAUCGUAUUCAGCGCAAGGCAUGA